CACACUACUGAGUUGUACUUCAAAUCGUUCACUUGGUGUCUAAGUAGUUGAUUAAGAAAGUUCUGAUUGUGUGACAACAUCUAACAUGAAAUACCUGUCCAUUUUGGUCCUCCUCGCGACCAUCAGCGCGAUGGCAUGGGCCAGAGCACAAUUUGACGGUCCUGUCCCACCUAGAAUAAACGUACCCGGUGCCAUACCCUUGCCCAUUAACCGGCCCUCCCAUACACCCUUCCGCAAUGACCGCGUUCACAACGGAGGCGGACCCGCUGUAAUCCGCGUAAGACGUCCUCUGGGUCCACAGGGGCGCCCCCUGUCUCUACCCAUUCAAUCUACUCAGCGGAGUAUCGAUGAUGCCAAACCCGUGACGGAGGAGCCAGAGGAAGAGCAGCCCUUCAUCCCUCACAUUGUAUCAACAUCUUCCCAACCUCCCCAGCAGCAGCACUAUUCCUUCUUCGAACCUAACGCUAUUGCCGAUGAUCUACCCCAAUUAGUGGCCCGAUUCCAACCCCAGGAACGCCCAGCCCCCGUCCAGCAACCACAGAGAUUCUUACAGCCUGAACCACCGCGUCCACAGCAACCCAAACCCACCCCAGUGCGCCCUAGGCCAGUCUUCAAAGAGGCCCGUCCCCUCUUUGACGACGAACCCACCAUAAGACGCACUCCAGAAGUUCGUUCACAUCCCCGCCCGCAUCACAACUACGAAGAUGGACGUGAGAAGAAACCCGUAGCUCAAAUCCUUCGCAAGUACCGCGAGGAGCACGAAGAUGGAACAAUUACAUGGGGCUUUGAGAAUGACGAUGGAUCUUUCAAGGAGGAAACCAUCGGAAUCGAUUGCAUCACUCAUGGUCGAUACGGAUACAUCGAUCCAGAUGGUGAGAAACGUGAGUACACCUACGAGACGGGAAUACAAUGUGAUCCCAACAAGAGGGAUGAAGAGAGCGAGGAAGAUGAUCUCGGUGGAUAUGUGGAUUAUCAAGAGAAUAAAGCCGUCUUGCCGAAUGGUGUGAAAAUUGACUUGGGUGGAAGGAACAAAUCAAAACGUCCAGGAGGUGGUGGAUCCCCAGCCAAUUUCUACAGAAACUGAGAGACUAUUCGAUAUCAGUCACAUUAGCUUCUAGGAAAUCACUAUGUUUAAUUUAUUCCGUAAGUCGAGUUACUCUCUCUUGACACAAAAAAAGACAUCCUGGAUUAUAUUGAAUUAAUAAGAAUAAAGAGACGGAGAAAACAUCAA